GCCCAUUCUCCAGGGAGGGACGUUUGCUUUUGUGGCACCCUCCCUGGCCAUGCUCUCCCUGCCUGCUUGGAAGUGCCCUGAGUGGACAUUCAAUGCCAGUCUGGUGAACACCAGCUCUCCUGAGUUCACUGAGGAAUGGCAGAAGAGGAUCCGAGAGUUGCAGGGCGCCAUCAUGGUCGCUUCCUGUGUCCAGAUGCUAGUGGGAUUCUCAGGCCUCAUUGGGUUUCUCAUGCGCUUCAUUGGCCCCUUGACCAUCGCUCCAACCAUCUCCUUGGUGGCCUUGCCUCUCUUUGAUUCUGCGGGCAAUAACGCUGGGAUCCACUGGGGGAUUGCUGCCAUGACCAUCUUCCUCAUCGUACUGUUUUCUCAGUACCUGAAAAACGUCGCCGUGCCAGUGCCGGUUUAUGGAGGAAAGAAAAAGUGUCACAUGUCUAAGUUCUACCUGUUUCAGGUCUUCCCGGUGCUGCUGGCGCUUUGCAUCUCGUGGCUUCUCUGCUUCGUGCUCACAGUCACCAACGCCCUUCCUACAGCCCCCACCGCCUAUGGGCACCUGGCCCGCACUGACACCAAAGGCGAUGUGCUGAGCCAGGCUCCUUGGUUUCGCUUCCCUUACCCAGGACAGUGGGGCCUCCCCACCAUCAGCCUGGCUGGGGUCUUUGGGAUCAUUGCGGGGGUAAUCUCCUCGAUGGUGGAGUCAGUAGGCGAUUAUUAUGCCUGUGCCCGGCUGGUGGGGGCCCCGCCCCCUCCGAGGCACGCGGUCAACCGCGGCAUCGGCAUUGAGGGUCUUGGCUGUCUUCUGGCGGGGGCCUGGGGUACAGGGAACGGCACCACCUCCUACAGCGAGAACGUCGGGGCGCUGGGCAUCACCAGGGUGGGGAGCAGGAUGGUGAUGGUUGCUGCUGGCUGCUUGCUGCUCCUGAUGGGCGUAUUUGGGAAGAUUGGGGCUGCCUUCGCCACCAUCCCAACCCCUGUGAUCGGAGGCAUGUUCCUGGUGAUGUUUGGGGUCAUCACCGCCGUGGGGAUCUCCAAUCUGCAGUAUGUGGACAUGAACUCAUCCAGGAACCUCUUUAUCUUUGGCUUCUCCAUCUACUGUGGGCUCGCCAUUCCCAGCUGGGUGAACAAGAACUCUGAGACGCUCCAGACAGGGAUUCUCCAACUGGACCAGGUCAUCCAGGUGCUGCUGACCACGGGCAUGUUUGUUGGUGGAUUUCUGGGCUUUUUGCUGGACAACACCAUCCCUGGAAGCCUGGAGGAGAGAGGCCUCCUGGUGUGGAAUCAAAUCCAAGAGGAGUCUGAGGAGACUACGAAGGCAUUGGAGGUGUACCGCCUCCCCUGCGGGAUUGGCACCAAGUCCUGCACAUCCCCCUGCACCCAGUACCUCCCGUUCUGGCCCAGGCUAGAAGCUGGGAAAGGUGAGCGGGGAAUGAGCCUGUUCGCCUGCCUCUUCCAGGAUCCCUCAGGAGAGCGCCCGAAGGGUGCCACGGAAACCAAGUUAUGAGAAGAACUGUCCUCACGCCUGCCCCAAAGUGCUCUUCACCGCCCCCCCCGCCCACCCCAUGAGCUCAUCUCCCCGUGCGAGGAUGGGUGGGCACCCUGCAGUGGUGGCAGCCAAAUGAGUAUUCGAUUAAGACCAUGACGAAGGUGCUUUGACACAGUGACUUAAACACCACAGCCUUCCACUGCGCUCCAGUGAAAACCAGUCUCCUAUCUCCAGCAUAAGCCAGUGUAACCCAGUGUCCGCACAGAGACUCUCUCAGUUCACAUGUUCUCGGCCAUAAUUUGAUGCGUUGGAAGAGGCCUGGGGUGCGGCCGGGGACGGAGACGGGGCUGUUUGCUGAAAGGCAAGCCCCUCUUGUCCUCCCCUCCGUGCACCUGCCCCUCAGGGCUGGCUCUUCGGGAGAGGUGAGGAGCACCCUCUGUUCCUCCAGCACCCGCCCUGAGCUCCUGGUGCUCCAGCCCGCGGCCGGCUCGGGCUGUUUGUGAUGGAUUGUUCUUUAAUCGCACAUUCUGGGAAUCAAGUGCACGCACUCUGGCUUAGGCUUUGGCUUGCUCACAUAGGCUGCCAAGGGAUUGGAACCCACUCCACCUAACGGCCUCCUUGUUUCCUUAUUUUAAUAGGCCACAAGACCGCCGCACGAACUCCUGCCUGAGUUUCCAGCUGGCUGGUCUGCCCUGCAAAUUUCAGAUUUGCAGUCUCCACCAUUAAUACUUAAAUCUACACCUACACCACUACCCAUAUGCACACCUAUCCUCUUGGGUCUGUUUCUCUGACGGAUACAGUCCUGGCUAAUAUGGGAAGAUAUCAUCAGUUAAGACACAGGAAGAUACCUGACCGAUGUAGGAAGAGGCCUAGGUCGGGAGAACGGGAGGGCAAGCCCCGUCGGAGGGGAUUUUAAAGCAACACAUCCAUCCUGGGCUGCACCAUAUCCAGUGAGCAGAGGGGAGC